GGCAUCAAGGUUCAUGUUACACAAUUACCACAAUGUUUAAUUAUGGGACUGUUUAUGUCAAUAAAUGAUGUAGAUACUCUGUUUUAUUCAGUCUAAACGUUUCAAUCUUUGAAGGGGAUUAAACAAUAUACUAGUGUAUGUAUGUCCUGAUACGGAAUAUCUUCUUUCCUUUUCUUUUUCGUAGAAAUAUUAUUUUCCUUCUCAUGCACGUUCUUGGUCUAUUUCCUUAUUUAUCUGAAUAUUUCCCUUCGCCUUCUUAUGUAAAGCCUUGCACUGCAAGCACGCUCUUGUAUUGAUAAUGCCCUAUUUAGCUAAACCCAUGAAAGCGGCUUUUAUAAAAUCCUCUCUCUCAUCACGCUUACAAAAGGUAUGGGGAAUUCCAUUUCCAAUUCUCAAAACGACCAAACCUCGCCGGUGAAGAGAGAUGUGUCAAUGGAAAGAGGUGGUUGCAAAGAAUCACACACGACGAUUGAAGAAGCUGAGAAGGAGAAGCAAUGUGAGUGCUUGCAUGCGAAGAUGCAGGAGUGUAUGGAGACCCACUCUGAUUACUAUCACCCGAUAUUCGCUGCUGCGAAAGAAGCUGGUGACAAAGCGAUACAUAGGGAAGUCCAAGCCUUCAUAAUACCGUCAUCUGUUGGGCGAGAUAUAAAGGAGUGGAGAGGCGCAAAGGUGGAAGAGGAACUAGAGAAGUUCAUGGGAUUCAUGGAAAGAGGUGGCUGUAAAGAAUCAUGGAUGGCUUUGGUACAUUGCAAUAUGGAAGAUUGCGCUAAGGAAGACAGGGAUAAGUUUAUGUCCGUGGUACGCGAAUGUUUGGAGACUCACUCUGAUUACUAUCAACCAUAUUUCAAGGCAGGAGCUGAAGUUGCUGAAGAAGCGAUGGUUAAGCAUAUUAUCGAAGCCUUCUCAACGACGUCAGAUCAACCAAUAGCAAAAGCAGGGGAAGACGAAUUUGACGAGCGGUUCUUGGACUUCAUGAAAGGAGGUGCUUGCCAUGAAAUCUUUACAUCUUUGGUAGAUUUAGAUUGCUGGGAAUAAGAGUAGAGGAAGCGGCUACGAGGAAGGUUAUCAAUGCUUCAUUCUUUAUUUUGACCGUUUUGAUUUGAAUGAGUACUCUUGUUUUCUUAUAACGAUA